GAACCAACGCAGCGUGAACCGUCCAACCAAUUAAAUGUCGGGAAUCACUGAUGAAAAGACCGUAAGUAUUACGGUGGAGUUCAGUGGCGGCCUGGAGUUGCUCUUCGACAAUGAACGCAAAUUGUCGUUAGCAUUACCGAGCAGGGACGAGAAUGGCGCGACCUCAAACAUUGCAUAUCUGGUCCGGUAUCUUUGUGAGACUACGAUGAAGGACCCCAGAAAAGAUUUGUUCGUUCUGGACGGCACGGUGCGACCUGGAAUACUCGUUCUCAUCAACGAUGCGGACUGGGAACUCGAGGGAGAAGACCAGUAUGAGUUGCAGGCAAACGACAAUAUUUUGUUUGUCUCGACGCUGCAUGGGGGAUAGGCUCUUGCUGCAUAGAAAAGCUGAAAUUGAUGCCUCGAAAACCCAAGCAGGUCUACAUAGCCGUUCCAGUUGGCUAUUCUAUACAGUGCCCUAAUUUACAUGAGAUGAACACCCUCCAAAAAGCUGUGCUUACAGGUGCUUCAGGUGCUGUCUGCGAAGGAUGUUGGAAAGCUGUAGGUAAACACUACUUUGGAGAUUCGUCACAUGGACUCCAUCUAGACUUCAAGAGUAUCGAGUAAUUAGAAAUUGGUGCCCUUCAAUCACAAGUUAAACGUAACAAACAACACGUUUCACUGCAAAG